CACAAGUCCCCAGAGAGAGAGCAAAGCACACAAGUGUCUUGGAUAAGAGCCAGCGAGAAACCGGAAAGAAACCACCGCGUGUAAAAAUGACUUCCAAACUGGCUAUUGCUCUCCUUGCAACUUUCAUGCUUUCUGCAGCUCUGUGUGAAGAUGCAGUCGUGUCACGGAGUGGUGGAGAACUCCGAUGCCUGUGCAUAAAGACACACUCCACACCUUUCCAUCCCAGAGUUAUCAAAGAACUGAGAGUGAUUGAGAGUGGACCACAUUGUGCAAACUCAGAAAUCAUUGUGAAGCUCAUUAAUGGAAACGAGCUCUGCCUGGACCCUAAAGAAGAGUGGGUGCAGAAGGUUGUGAAGAUAUUUUUGAAGAGGACUGAGAAGAAACAGUCAUGAAAAAAAACUCAUUCUCCCUCAUUUCCAAGACUUCCUCAGUGAAGAUGCCAAUGAAACUUCAAACAUAUCUACCUGAGUGAUUCGUGUACUGUGUGGGUCUAACAUAAGGUUGCCAGAUAAAAUGCAGGAUGCACUGUUAAAUUUGAAUUUCAGUAAACCAAGGAAUAGUUUUCUCAUUGUCCCAUGAGAAUUGUCCCAUACACUAUUUAGGACAUAUUUGUGCUAAAAAAUUACUUGCUGUUAAUCUUAAAUUCAAAUUCAACUUAGAAUCCUGCAUUUUUAUUAGAUAAAUCCAGCAACCCUAGCUUGAUGGCCAGGAUCUGUGAGUCCCAGUUUAACUGUACUUCAGUUUCUUUUUUACUCCUAUACUGGGGAAAAAAUUAGCAGUUAUCAGCCUACCUCACAGGGAUGUUGUGAGGACAUGUGAAAGCACUUUAAGUUUUUCCAUGGUCUUGUAAAUUAUUUUCAAGAGUAACUUAUUCUCCUAUUUAUUAUUUAUGUAUUUAUUUAAGCAUCAAAUAUAGUAAUAUUUGGCAAUGAACUUGGAAAAUGGGAAAAGAAAUAUUGUUCAUAGAAUAGUAUAAUGAUGUUAGGGGGCUUUAUGUUUACUGUAGAUCAUGAAUGAUGUCAUAUUAGGGAACUUUUGCUUAUAGUUGAUGGAUUUAGCAAAUUUUGCCCAGUUAAGUUUCUAUUUCAGUUAAACAAUGAGGUUUUUUCAGUAUAAGUAUGUCAUUGUUUAUUUGAAAUUUAAAUGUCACUGGCAUCCUACUUUUGAUAUUCCUGAUCUUGUCUUUUCACUACAUUCCCUGUUAUACAGGGCUGUUGAAUCACCAGAAUCCAGAGUUAGAACUAUUUACCCCAAAAUAGCAAAAAUUCACCAGACAAUAUUAAUAGAAUAAUUGCUUUAUGGUUAAAACUUAUUCAUUGUUUGCAAAUAGAUUAUGAUUUUAUUAAAAUGAUUGUCCUUUUUCAAUACCAGUCAAUCUUUAUUUCAAUGUCUUCCCAAAGAGAUUUUUUUCCUACUGUUUUUGAUUCUAUGGAACUAUAAUUUUAUCAAUAAAAUAUUUUAAAAUAUGAUUUGUUGUCAGUCA